UUCCAAAAUUCAAACAAAACAUUCCAUCUUCCAGAUAUUCUGGAGGUCAGUUCCAGCGACAGUUCCGAAAUGGAGAACACUCCAAACGACGACGCUUCGUCUUCUGCUAAUUUCAGGGGAGUUAGGAAAAGGGAGUGGGGGAAAUGGGUUUCGGAGAUUCGGCUCCCCAAUAGCCGGCGCCGGAUUUGGCUCGGCUCCUUCGACUCGCCGGUGAAGGCGGCGCGGGCGUUCGACGCCGCCCUUUUCUGUCUCCGCGGGAGGAACGCGAACUUCAACUUCCCCGACAACCCUCCCGACAUCGCCGGCGGCAGCGCAAUGUCGGUCGACGAAAUUAAGGUUGCGGCGACCCAUUACGCCAACGCGGAGACCCAUCAGGAUACCGGGUCGGGUCCCAACCGUGAGAAUGUUUCGGAUCAUUCGACUUCGCUUUCGCCAACUCACUCCAUGCAUGCUGACUCACCUCCUCAGCCGGGCCCCGGUGGGCCCGAACAUGUUGAAGUUGAAAUGACACAAGCACCCUUGGACGAUGGGUUUCUCCAGCAGUUGGACGCUCCGAUUUACAGCUUUAAUGGCUAUGGUUUCCCACCGUCUUUACCCGAAACCAAUUACGACAUCGAUGAUCAGUACGAUGGAUAUGCGUCGCAAGGAUCAUUUCGUCUCUGGGAUUAUUGAAGCAACCAAUCACAUCUUAGAGAAAAUUCCCGUUAAACUAAUUCCAGUAAUACUCAACGAACUCAAUAUCUCUUCAAAUCAGAGAUGAAUUUUACGCGAGUUCACGAAAAAUGGCGAGCCUGACUAAUAUGUACAGGACUUUCUGUAAAUCCAAAAAAAAUUGUGCUAAAUAAGAGUAAAAUAUACGAGUAUGGAUUAGCUAUGUUCCGUAAAUAGCAUUAUAUGUUUUAUAUUUUCCUUAAAUAAGACUAAACAUUAUAUUUCUACAUUUAAUGUAAUUAAUAAAUAUAACUAAUCUCUCUUCCUAACUCCUCAUGUGUAAUCAG